AUGUGCUGCCUUAACAAACCCGCGCAGGAGGAGGAAGAAAUGGAUUAUGCGCGUGCGGUCCUGACUGCGGCACCAGACUUUGGUAAUCACGCUAGGGCCACAUAUGGAGACACGGUCGCAGAAUCACAUAAUGAGGAAUCGCACAGCAUUUGCUGUGACCGAGAUGACAAUCGCCGAUUCACUAGUGACGUAGUAUCCAAAAUAUGCAGUAUCAGACAGUGGAGAGAAGCUCUGGUAGAGGAGGGGGCAUUAGAAGACGGUGUGAAGUGUCGUUAUGGUCAUCAGUGGAAUCAAAUACUUGGAAAAUGUAUCCCAUGCGGCAAUGGAUUCUUUGGAAUUGGAUGCAAUUUAACUUGUCCAAGAGGGUGGUAUGGUUUUCAAUGUGGUAAAGAAUGCACAUGUACAAAAGAGGACUGUCACCACAUUUAUGGAUGCAAAAGAAAUCUUUCGGACUGUGAAGAGGGGUUUAUAGGUCCUUAUUGUGAAAUACCUUGUCCGUAUCCAAACUAUGGUGAGGAUUGUCAUAAGAAGUGCCAUUGUGAAGUACAAUACUGUAAUCCAAAACAUGGAUGCAUCGAUUUGACCACAAGAGGUAUUGUUACCUUUAAUGAAGUCCAUAACACGAAUAUCGUCUCCUCUUCUUUUUCUCUCAGCGGGAAAGUUAAAGGAAUCGUUACAAUUAUUGACAAUGGCAGCAGCAGAUGUGUUCCAAACGAAAAGUCAUUUAGGAAGUAUAUGGUGUAUGGUAUAAUAUCCCUGCUGACAACUUCUGCUCUCCUCUUUUUGGUUUACUUAUAUACACAUUGUUCUUAUUCAAAAC